CACAUAACAACCACCCUCUCCCCAUCCCAUCUCACCCCUCCUUCUGCUUCUGGACUCACGCUGGACGGAACUGUUAAAAUCGAUAACACCGAGAUCGAUGUAUCCCGUCUCACGACUCAGACCCUCAUCUCCGCUGUAGACAGCACGUCUCCGCAACCGCAUUUAGCAUCAUCACUCACUAACACAAACACCAAAAAACAAAUGAAUUGAGAGUCUGCGACUUUCUUCACCACCACAAUCACCAACAAGCGCCCAUACACUCACUCACCUACUCAACUCUCCAGCCUCUACUCUACUCACAUCCACUCCUCCUACCUUACAACCCACCAAUCCCACACUCACCCACCAACUCCACCACCACUCCCAAACCCGCUCCAAUCGCCAACCGCACCCACGCCCACCCCCUGGUAACCUCCCCAGGUACCCACAAUACCCGCGGCGCCUCUCUCCACCCGCCUCCUUGCCCAUUCCAUUGAUCCUACCCGCCAACCGCUCAAAAAAAAUCCACUGUCACCACCACCACCACUCUCUCCCAACGACGACCACGACAAACAACGCCGCUGUGAGAUAAAGGCAACGACGAGACGAUGGGCUACGCAUUCCUUUUCCCGCUGCGCGUCUUGCAGGUCGUGACAGCGAGCAUGGUGCUGAUUCUGUCUUCUUAUGUGGCGCAUUGGUACGAUGCGGAUACGCUCACAGCAUCGCCGUCGCAGUUUAACUUCCUCAUCUUCACGGGGGUGUGGAGUUUGUUGAGUAUUUUCUAUCUGGAGAUUGUGCCGAGGAGGUGGCCUAGAGGCUCCCACCCCUACGCCUCCUUCGCCCUCGAAUCCCUAACAACAAUCUUCCACCUCUCCGGCUUCAUCGCCCUCGCCGUCUUCCUCUCCAAACUCCUCUUCUGCCGUGGGAGCGUCUGCAACGCCGCGCGCGCCGAUGUAGGCGCCGCAUCUUUCGGCUUCGUGUUAUGGGUUGUGUCUACGGCGACGGUGGGGAUGGAGAUCUUUAAGGGCGGGUUUAGGAGGGCUGGUGCGGGUGGGAAGGUUGAGAUGAGGGGUGUUGGGACGGCGUAGCUCAUAUUGAUGGGG